ACCUUCUGGACUUAGGCAGUUGUGAGUCUGAUCUGAGCCAAACACGAGAUGGAGGGAGAGGCCAAUGUCUGUCAUUGGGCGCCCUUGGAAAUGUCAUCCUAGCUUUGGCCAAUGGAGCUAAGCAUGUGCCAUACAGAGACAGCAAGCUUACCAUGCUGCUGAGGGAAUCGCUGGGCAACAUCAACUGUAGAACCACCAUGAUCGCCCACAUCUCUGACUCGCCAGCCAAUUAUGCCGAAUCGCUUACCACUGUGCAGCUUGCCUCCCGUAUUCACCGCAUGAGAAAGAAGAAAUCCAAGUAUGCAUCUAGUUCCUCUGGAGGGGAGAGCUCCUGUGAAGAGGGACACAUCAGACGAAGACCCUUCUAUCCUCGGACUGUGGCUCUUGACCCAGACCACCCUUCAGUGUUAUCCAGUGACCCAGAUUACUCCUCCAGCAGUGAGCACUCGUGUGAUACAGUGAUCUAUGUGGGGCCUGGUGGGGCCCCUAUCUCUGACCGUGAACUCAGCGACAAUGAAGGCCCUCCAGCAUUUGUUCCUAUCAUUCCCUCCCUAAACAAGAAGCGUGUGAAAGAGGGACCUAAAUCUGAUGGGGACCACCUCAAAUGCAACACCUUUGCAGAGUUACAAGAACGGCUUGAGUGUAUUGAUGGCAGUGAAAGCACAUCUGUUUUCACCAGUGAAGGAAAAGGCCAACAGACGGCCUCAAAAAGUGGAGUGGACAAAAUGUCAGAAGGUGCUUCUGUAUCAUCCAGGACCGACAAGUCCUCUCUUCAAAAGCUUCCACACCUGCAACAUGGGGCCGUAUCUGAAAUUAACACGACUUUAAGGCAAGAUUCAGAGCCUGUUGUGAGAGAGAAAGUCUUUAGUAGAGGGCCUAUACAAAAACCCUGUUCCUCACAGAACAUCUCAAAGACCUCAGUUCUUAAAACAGAGUGUGGCUUAGCCACACGGACACCUCCAGUGGGUAUGAGCCAGCAAGCCCUAAGACAGGGAGAACGAAAUGACUCCCCAAUUACUGACAGAUUCCAUAACCUCAGUAGAAGUCCUAUGGAGGUGAGCCACCUACGUGCUACUCUGAGGAACAGGUGCCUUGAUAGGGAUGUUUUAAGGACUACAGUUACACUGCAGCAGCCGGUGGAGCUUAAUGGAGAGGAUGAGCUGGUGUUUACAGUGGUCGAAGAGCUGCCUGCUGGUCUGGUUCCAGACAAUGGGAGACCCUCCAGCAUCAUUAGCUUCAAUAGCGACUGCUCUUUGCAGGCUCUGGCAUCUCACUCACGGCCUGUUAGCAUUAUCAGCAGCAUCAACGAUGAGUUUGAUGCUUACACAUGCCAGAUGAACAGGUCCCAGCUGAACCAAGGUGCUGCUUCCAAGUCACAAGAGGAAUUUACAGAUGGACAUGCCACUGCACACUCUUCAAUCAGCUCCUGGUCUUGCAAGACAAAUAUCUGUACCCCAAGUAGUGAUGAGACUGAAAGGACCCUCUCAUCAAAGGGAGUGCGCAAGGGACUGGUCAGCAGCUCCAUGAUGGAUUUACCUGGUGGUUUACAAGUUGAGUCUUUCUCCCAGCAAAGAACAAAUAGUCCAUUGGGUGACAGUGGAAUUUGCUUUUCAGAACAAGACUAUGAUUCUGCAACCAUUGACAAAUUGGCCAUUUCUAAGUGCCCUCUUUCUCAUGACAGUACCAAAGCAUCCCUCGGUGGUCCAAAGUCAAUCAAAUCUAAUAGACUCAUGACUUCACAGUCUGCCCAGAUCUCAUAUCUUUCUACACUCCCUAGGAAGAGCACCCAAAUUGCAUGUUCUAGCAAUAGCUACACCCAUGAGCUACAACGCCAAGGUAGCAGAAUAGAUGAACAGUUGACCCACACUAGUAGUGGGCUAACAUCAGCCAGGAAUUCUGAGUUUAGCUCUGUUAGUAAACCACCAAAAAAUGGCACAAGUGGGAUUCCAUUUAGAAAGACAAGCGGGAAUAGCAACAGUGUACCUCGCCCUCCCAAAAUGCAUGUGUCGUCCACAUCUCAAAGGGUUGUGGAUGGUUGUGAGAAGGCCAGUUUUAAGAAAGGGGACCUAAGCAAGAUGCCUCAGCUCAGGCGAGGGGCCACCACUCUCGGCAUGGUCUCAGUGCCCCAUAGCUCCUCUGAGACGAAAUGGGGUAAUGAUGCCUUGCACACAACUUGUAGCCUAAAAUUCUCGUCCUUAGGAAAGAGAGCUAAUGGACAGAAGGGUAGUAUGCUUCCUAAGUCUGGAAGCAUGUCACCCCCUGCUCCACCUGUUCGAAAGUCAAGCCUUGACCAGAAAACACGAAUUUUGUUGUCUCCUAGUGCCUUAAAGUCUGUGGGUAAUGAUGGAACAAGAUUGUCUUCCUCCAAAGCAUCGGUUUCUGAGGAGGACUUUGAUGUUCGAGUUAGGGGGGAAUCCUUUAGCUUUAAGUCAUCUAGCCUGAAGACAGCUUCUAGUCUCAGAUCACAUAGUGCUAAAGGAGACAAUGGAAGGCAUUUUGGUAGUCUUAUGUCCCUUGAAAGGUGUGAUAGCUUAACCUCAGUGGGUUCCAAACCAGUAACCUCGAGGGAGAACAGUAAUGUCAGUAUCAGUAGCACUGGCAAAUCUACUAAAAUGGUGCCAAAACUUGGGACUUCCUGUUCCAUAUCUACACCAACCGCCACUUCCCCUCCAUCUACUAGCGGAAUUUGUAAGCUUGGACAGAUAAAGGCCAGUAUAACUCCUAGAGCCAUUGUUGGGAAUGGCAACAAAGGAAAGUCCUUGUCGAGUACUGGUUCAAAGGCCCUUAGCUCCUCCACCAAGUUCCUUGCUGUCUCAGCUGCUCGGAACACCAGUCUACCUCCAACUGGAAAACCCCCAACUCGCUCUGUCACAGGCUCCAGUGCUAAACAAGGAAGGGGCACUAUUAUGGGCACAAAGCAAGCGAUUCGUGCAGCCAACAGUCGGGUCAGUGAAUUAGCAGUUGGUAGCUCCAAGAAAAACCUCAGGGGCUCUGACCAAGCAGAUGGCAACAAUGAUGACCGAACUUCCAGCGAGAUGCCAUUGGCAGCUUGUUUACCCUCUCCAUAUAGCAAAAUCACUGCCCCUCGCCGUCCACAGCGCUACAGUAGCGGCCACGGUAGUGACAACAGCAGUGUACUUAGUGGUGAACUGCCCCCUGCCAUGGGGCGCACUGCACUUUUUUAUCACAGUGGAGGCAGCAGUGGCUAUGAGAGCAUGAUCAGGGACAGUGAAACCACAGGCAGUGCAUCUUCUGCCCAUGAUUCCAUGAGUGAGAGUGGAGUGUCCACGUCCAGUCGAACAAAGGCCUCAAAAUCUCCCAAAAAGAGAUCUAAUGGCCUGCAGCGACGGCGUCUGAUUCCUGCUCCUCUGCCAGACACCUCUUCUCUGGGCAGGAAGGUUGGUUCAGCAGGCCAGUGGGUUGAUCUACCCCCACUGGGGGGUACUAUGAAGGAGCCCUUUGAGAUCAAAGUGUACGAGAUUGAUGAUGUGGAACGCCUUCAGAGACGCAAAGAAGGGUUGGCAGAGGGUUUGCAGUACUUCAACGCCCGUCUUAGGAUGCUGGAGAAGAGGCAGCAGCAGAUCAGGGAGUUAAGAGCCAAGCACGAGAAGCUGAAAAAGGAGUUGGAGGAUGCCAAGAUUCGUCUCAUGCUGGACCCCAGCAAAUGGAUGGGAGAAUUUGAUGUGGACCCUGAUCUGGACCAGGAGUCGCAGGCCUACCUGGAGGCUCUGGCUCAGGCCACAGGAGACCUGGAGUUUUGUGUCAACCUAUGCAAGUCUCGUGUAAUGAUGGAGACCUGCUUCGAUAUUGCAGUGCCGGCGAUCCCAGGACAGAGUGGACAACAAGAAAUGGAGGUCUAAGAGACAACAAAACAAGACAUUGUUUAGCUGCGAGUUGUGGGAAGAACAUAAUUUUUUUUCUGGGAUUGAAACUGUCCUGCUUUGAGCAAUGCAACAAGUGAAGGUAUUGAACAAGCAUAGUUAGAAACUCCCUGAAAUGCUGAGGAAAAAAAGAGACAGAACAGAAUAACAGCAAGACUGUGUCCUGAGAUCUUCAUUAACGUUACCAGGAAGUGCCUUAAACCAAAAAAUCCCAAGAACUGUCUUUGUUUUAUGAUUGGUGCUAUUAUUGAGACCAACUUUCCCAAGUACACUUUGAAAAACAAAGUAUUUUACAUUGCCGUGCAGUGUAUAGUGUAUUUAUAAAAGCUAAAGUGUGUAAAAAUAUAGUUUUAGGUAAUAAACACAAAAAAGUUGAGAAAAAACUCCCCGUACUAUUGCCUUUUCUGACAUCUAAAUUACCACAAUUAGAACUGUUCGACUUUAACAUGCAGUGUUUCUUUAGCAUCAUGAAGAAAAAUGUGCUUGCCCCUGACGGAUGUGAUGUCACUCGAUUGGAUAAAGAUGUUGAAGCUGUGACAUUGUCAUCUAUCUCAUUUAGUAUGCUCUGCAUAAUGAUUGGCUCUCAGACCAUUUUCCCUGGAUCCAGUUCUACUACUUUAACUGAUUGUUGCAGAUGGUGGCAGAUCAGAAAUUAGAGCUCGUCUCAAACACUUCUCAGGACAUCAAACCGAAGUGAGUUUGUACUUUGUAAUUACAGUGUGUGCUGUAUGCAUCAUACUGUAAUGUAUGCAUGUGUCUGUUCUUCUCUGAUCAUGCAACAUCCAGCGUUAAGCUGGUUUCUUUUAACAUGGUAAACAAAUCCACUGUAUCUACCUGAACUUCAAAAGAUUUUGCCUUUCUUCGCUGAAAAUGAACUUCAAAAUAUUUGAAUAUACAAACGGCUAUCAUCUGUUGACAACUUCACAGCACAGGACCUCCUCCUCACUGUGUCCAGUGAUUUAUCUUCAGCCUCUGAUGUUUGAUUUUUUUUUUUUUUUUUUUUGUCAUGUUAAUCCUUAAAGUGUCUCUGCAGAGAAGUGUGACUGCUGUUUCUCACAAAGAAACAAUUAAAAGAGAUUAUUUGAAUUUGCAAAAGUUUUUAAGUAGAAUUUGUGGCUAUUUUUUUACAAAGUUCUUUUUGUUGCUGUUGUUGAAUGAUUCUUUAUUUAAAAGAGAGAAAAAAAGACUCAGGCUUUUUUUCCAAGUUGCUGCAUGACAUCUUUUAUUUGUACUUUGUAAAAUUAAUUUAAUAUUUCUCUUUGUUUUAUAUGUUAGUCUGUGAUUUCUACUAAUAGUUUGUUUAACAAAUUUGCCAAGCAUUUAGAAUUUUUCAAUGUCUAUGACAUUUUAUCAGUGUUCCUGCUUUAUAUUGUACAGUUUUUUUUAUCCUUUUUAAAAAUCAUGUAUAGACUCUUAAGUUUGCAUUAACAUAAAAUUAUGAAUAAAAAGAAUGUCUCAUCUUUAUAAUUCUUUGUGCAAUGUGGCUAUUUCAAUGUGUCUACAGAUUUGUUUAUAAGUAUUUUCUUUUGAAAGAACAUUGAGGUUUUUCUGUUAUAAAGUCUAGAGUCAAAGUCACAUUAAAACAUUUUGCACAGGAAGAUUAAAUUAAUUCCAUAAUUCUUGUUUCUAACAAUUGAUAAGAUUUGUAAUUGAUUUGUAUUGAUAAGUAUCUGUGCUUCCAUAUAUACACUAUAUUGCCAAAAGUUUUGGGACGCCUGCCUUUACAUGCACAUGAAUUUUAAUGACAUCCCAUUCUUAAUCCGUAGGGUUUAAUAUGGAGUUGGCCCACCCUUUGCAGUUAUAACAGCUUCAACUCUUCUGGGAAGGCUUUCCACAAGGUUUAGGAGUGUGUUUAUGGGAAUUUUUGACCAUUCUUCUAGAAGCGCAUUUGUGAGGUAGGGCAGUGAUGUUGGACAAGAAGGCCUGGCUCACAGUCUCCGCGCUAAUUCAUCCCAAAGGUGUUCUUUCAGGUUGAGGUCAGGACUCUUUGCAGGCCAGUCAAGUUCCUCCACACCAAACUCACUCAUCCGUGUCUUUAUGGACCUUGCUUUCCGCACUGGUGCGCAGUCAUGUUGGAACAGGAAGGGACCAUCCCCAAACUGUUCCCACAAAGUUGGGAGCAUGACAUUGUCCAAAAUGUCUUGGUAUGCUGAAGCAUUAAGAGUUCCUUUUACUGGAACUAAGGGGCCAAGCUCAACCCCUGGAAAAAAAAAAAAAAAACCCACACUGUAAUCCCCCCUCCACCAAACUUUACACUUGGCACAAUGCAGUCAGGAAAGUACCGUUCUCCUGGCAACCGCCAAACCCAGACUUGUCCAUCGGAUUAACAGACAGAGAAGCAUGAUUCGUCACUCCAGAGAACACGUCUCCACUGCUCUAGAGUCCAGUGGCGGCGUGCUUUACACCACUGCAUCCAACUCUUUGCAUUGCAUUUGGUGAUGUAAGGCUUGGAUGCAGCUGCUCGACCAUGGAAACCCAUUCCAUGAAGCUCUCUAUGCACUGUUCUUGAGCUAAUCUGAAGUCCACACAAAGUUUGGAGGUCUGUAGUUAUUGACUCUGCAGAAAGUUGGCGACUUCUGCGCACUGUACU